AUGAUCCCCACUGAAACGGCGGUGCUUCUGGGAUGUUUGCUUCUGCUUGAAUCCUCUGCUAUGUGUGAAGAAACAGAAGGAAUCUCGACAUUUGACGACCUCCUUGCUGAUCGCUUUGACGGCGAAUUUGAGCAAAUGAGUGAGCAAAGCCAAAAAGAGCUUCUGCAUAAAAUUGGAGUAAUAGCUCUCUAUUAUCGUAUUUAUAAACAGCUAUUGCCUCUACCCGGUGAUGAACUCGGGUACAUGUAUCGUUUCCCGGAGCCUGUUUCUGCUUUAGAUAUGAAGCUUGUAAAGUCAUGCGAAGUCAGCCUGAAGAGUUGUGUGUCAGAGAUACUUGCUACCAUACAAAAGGCUCAUCCUUGGAUUUACCCGACAAAGUCACAUCGCAAACCUGACACUGAGCUAAGCACUGCAGUACUGAAAGACAUCAUCAGUGACAAUCUACUGAGCACGGAAAUUACUGCCACACAGAUUCUUUGUUUCCUCACUAUGCGCAAGAACUCCGCCUUCUCAGAGGUUCCAUUCUGUCGUUUUGAUCUCGAAGAUAACAAACGCCAUAAAAGAAUCUGGCCUGCGCACGUAAUACAAAAGUCAGCACAAUUCAUCGAUGAAUAUUAUGGCGAGCCUUACCAAUGCGCACGCAAAAGUUUUUGUCCGGAUCCUUGUUGUCACGGCGUUCCUUCUUCAUCGUUGCUUUUCUCCUCUUGGAAAUGCGGAUUGAACAAGUGCUUCCAUAGAGAGCGUUGUCGUAUUGAGGCGUCUUUCAACGAUGAUUUUGCUUCAAUCCGCAUGAACAAAUGGAAUACAACUUGUCCAUGUGGAAAAGGAUUGAGUUACAGGCCUGAUGUGGAGUCAUGUGUUCACUCAGACCUAUGCAGCGAAUUUCAGAGAUGCCCAGCGGCGUUCGAUUGUAUAAACACAAUAAGCGACCCUGGAUACAAAUGUAUUUGUCAGCUGGGAUAUAUCAAGGAUGAGUUGGGCAGAUGUGUUCCAAUCAACAUGUCUUCAUCGGCUUGGCAUGGAUUUGCGUUUAGCGAAAAGCAUCCGCAAUCAUCUAUCAAAGGUCAAAUUAGACUAAUAUCAAUUUUGUUGAUAACUUUUAACGUCAUUAUGGUUCACUAAAGCAAAUAGCGAAUUUUUAUUUAGAAUGUGGAAUUAUCGUGUUAAUCUCUUUCAUUUUUUGAACAAAAGCUACCUUCACCUGUUAUAGAUUCGUUGCACUACUUCACAAAAGAACAGUUUCAUAA